CCUUAAUCGACCCUCGUGCGACCACUGCUCAUUCGCAGCCCCUUUCUUGCUCAUCACCCACAGCAGUCCUGAUCGGUGUGCAGAGCUUGUGCCGACUGUUGCGAUUGCCUGCACCUCACCACACUGCCUCGGGCAGCAUUAGUAUUAGCCUCACUUUGCUACAAUUCAUCUGAUAAUCUGCACCCGCCCGCCUGGCGACAGUCAUACUUCGCGGACCUGGGAACGCCACGACUCGUCACCAUCGCAGCAGGCACUGAAGCGGCUUCGCUGGCUUGCCUCUUCAUAUGAGCACCCGAGCAUUCGUCGAGCCCAAGCUGCGCAGCCAGCCCCUCCCGCGUGCAACUGGUCUGCCAUCGCCACUUAGCAAGAUGAAUGGUGCUUCCGCAGCAGCAAGCACUAGCGAGGCCAGCACCGACAUCUCCUCAAUCAGUCCGGUCCAGAGGGACGCAGCGGAUCAGCGACUUGAUGACGCAUCUAGGCGCAGUUCUCCACUCACGGCAAUCAGCUCUGCUGCAUCGGAUGAGGAUGAAGUACAGCUGAUCGAAGCGUCCUCUUUCGCAUCAAAAGCGCCCUCACGCAGAAGCAACGCAAGUAAAACAUCAGAGGGAGCGAUGACCCCGUCGCGCGUGAGCUCCAUUUCUCUCAAAGAUUCGACCCGUACAGAUCGAGAUGUUAGAGCGCCAUCGUCGUCUGGACACUCGAUGCUCGGCUCAGGAUUUGUCUCCACUUUCAAGCGGACGAGGCUUUCGAGUCGAACAGGCAAGGAGGCACAUACAGAGGCCCAGAUACUGAGGCCGUUGAGUGUAAGCAGCGAAAGCGAGAUGGACUAUGACGAAGACGAGGUAUCGCCGCGCAAGGCUGGAAGGAAGCGAGGCGUGGUCGUCAUCGAUGACGACGACGAUUCAGACGCAAAGGCUACGCCCACGCUCGAUCGCAAGAGCAAAGCCCCGCCUACGCGACAAUUCUCUUCGGAAGAUGUGAAGCUUGUUGAGCCGCCCAGCUCGUCCGGUCAGCUCACCUCGGCUCCGCUAUCUACACCGACUGCUGGCAGCAAGCGCAAAGCCAGUGUGUUGGCGCGUGAACUCAACUCAAAGUUGAGCUGGAACCUGAACCUGCCCAUUGAGGAAGCAGUGAGAAAUGAUGCGGGUCCUUCAAAGUCGCGCACGAAACCUGCGAAGCGCAAGAGCAAUGGCGCGGCUACGAGUGCGGCUUUGCCAAGCUCUGAAGAUCGAAAGACCAAGUCGCCUAGGAAACCGGCCAACAAGCCAGCACACAAUAGGAGCGAGUGGCGCAAAAUGAUCGAUGGAAAUUUGUGGGAGCAUCAGUCAACGUCCUGUCAGAAUCGCUCCAUCUCUCACUUUGCAAGAUGCGUGGCUUGUAUUGCGAAAUUGACAGGUGAUGGAUGCCGCUUCAGAUAUCUGCGGUGUCUUCCUCUCGAUGGCGACGGCAAUCUCAAGCCUCCAUUGUCUACACUCAAAGCGGAGCCGAGCACCUUGCAAGGUACACUUAGGGAAGAGGUGGAUAACGAGCAUUUCUUCGCCUCUGAGGUACAACCCGAGGAGCCAGCCAUAUUUCCCGAUCCGGGGCAUGGAUACAAUCUGCCGAUGACAAGGGAAAUACGCAAAGUCACAAAGAUCACUGCAGCAAAACAUUUACUCUCUCUACUCGAGGAAGAAUUGGCGCACGCCUCUCUGCCGGGCUGCCUAGUUCGUCGCCGAUCCUUAAAGGAAGCGAUUUCGUGCGACGCCUGCAAUACCAGCCUCUUCUCUGCCAGCUUCUUUUGCAAGCUGUGCGGGAGGGAGCUGUGUAGGGAAUGCCAGGCUCGUUUAGUGGCCGAAGUGGAGCAGGGAGCACAAGCGGUCUGGAGAAGCAACAAGAUACCUGCAUACGCGAAAUGCAGAUUUGGGGCAAACAGGAAGGGCUCUACAGUGCAUCACGAACUUGACAUGAUGGUGCCUGUGACACGAUUUCGACGAGCAGAUCUUGAAGGUGAAGUCACCGCGAUGAAAGAAUGCCUUGCGAGUCAAUCACCAGGCGAACCCAAUCGUGGACCCGGACCACUCGAGCAAGUACUCGGCGAGGGCACAGACCCUGAUGCUGCAGCUUUGAAUCAGAGUAGUGUAUCGUCUGGCCCAGGCCGUGCACCAGUUCGAUCACUUGUCAUCAAUUACAUGGACACAGCCAAUCUGACGGAAGACUCAUUCCACGCCGCUUGGAGCCGAGGGGAGCCGUUGGUGAUCACGAAUGUCAUCACAGCAUCUGUCUGGAGUCCCGCACGUUUUGCGCAAGAAAAUCAGGGCAACCGAGCAUACAUCGUCCGGUGCGAUAAGACGAAUGCGUUCAAGCAGGUCAUGGUCUCAGACUUUUUCAGCACGUUUGGGAAAAGCGCAGAGGAAAAGACGGGUGCCCUCGGAAAGGGCAUUUGGAAGCUCAAGGACUGGCCAGACAGCGCCAACUUUGCGGACGAAUUCGGCCAGCUGUACAAGGAGUUUCAAGAAGCCGUGCCAGCGCCUGAUCUCUCACGCAGAGAUGGACGAAGGAACAUUUCUGCAAUGUUCCCAUCCAACGCCAACGCUCCUGAUCUUGGUCCAAAGAUGUACUGCGCUUGGCCUGGAGACUUGACUGCUGGAGGCAAGGGAUCUACGCUCUUGCAUAUGGAUAUGGCAGACGCUGUCAACAUCAUGCUCUAUGCUGCUCCCUCGGCCGAUGGAGUCCCGCAAGGUGCAGCGUGGGAUCUUUUUCGGGCCGAGGAUUCGGACGCGUUGCGUUCGUUCAUCCGGCAAAGAUUUCCAGAACAGUGCACAGCGCAAGAUCCUAUCCACACGCAGAACUUUUACUUGGACGAAAGCUUGCUGAGCGAGCUGUACGACAAGCAUCGAGUGAAGCCGUGGAGGGUCUAUCAGCGAGCCAACGAGGCAGUGUUCAUUCCCGCAGGAUGUGCACACCAAGUCUGCAACUUGACAGAUUGCAUCAAGGUCGCCGUCGAUUUCAUCUCUCCUCAUAACGUCGACAGGUGCUUUAAAUUGACGCAAGAAUUCAGAGGCAUGACAGAUGGGAUACAGAAGAGCUGGAAAGCGGACGUAUUGCAGCUCAGAGCUCAAUUGUGGUUCGCGUGGGCUGCCUGCAGGAGCUAUGAACAAAUGGAACGGCUUGCGGAGGCGGAGGCGGAGGCGGCGCUGGCAGAUGAGGCAGCUGGCAAGGCGUCAGGCGCACCUGAUCAGAGCGAUGGCGUUCGAGCUGAUGGAGGUGCUGAAUCCAAAGAGGUGUCGACGCCAAACUCCUUGGAACAGCUUCCUCUCGCUGAAUAACCGAGCGCUGCAGGAGCGCUGGGCCUAACAUUUUGGUGCACAUACUCGUUUAUACCUCAAAGGCGUGCUGGCCUAAUUCUACGCAUGUCUUGCGAUCAGGCCGCUUGACUUCUUGCACGCUAUUCCGGUCUUGUACUAUCUGCCUUCACGUCGCGACCCCUCACAGCAUCAGUCUCACAACAUCCCAGAGACAGAUUACUUUUGCGAUGCAUUGGUCGACAUCAUAACCAUACAAUGAGCAAGAUGAUUGUCUAU